UCGGCUCUCCCGUCAGUAGGCGGGGUUCGCCGUGCAGCGCGAAGUCUGCGGGUGUGGACCAAAAUCCUGCUGACCCACGGACUGGAGCGGGAAGGGCCGGGUCGGCAUACGCUGGCGGCAGGCCUGAGACGGGGGUUCCCCGAGGCUGCCAGUGUCUGGCCGGGAGGUGGCUAUUCAUUCCUCCAACGCAGCGAGGGCCCCUUUGGGGGCUCCUUCGAGGUCUGUGCCCAGGCCUGGAGGAGAGCCACCAGGCUUCUCAUAGCGGAGGGCGGCCGCCUUCUUCCACGCCGCCGUGCAGGUGACCGCUGCCAUGGCUUUCCCCCAUCGGCCAGACGCCCCAGAGCUGCCUGACUUCUCCAUGCUCAAGAGGCUGGCCCGAGACCAGCUCAUCUAUCUUCUGGAGCAGCUCCCGGGAAAAAAGGACUUGUUCAUUGAGGCAGAUCUCAUGAGCCCUUUGGAUCGAAUCGCCAAUGUCUCCAUCCUAAAGCAACAUGAAGUAGACAAGCUGUACAAGGUGGAGAACAAGCCAGCUGUCAGCUCCAGUGAACAAUUGUGCUUCUUGGUCAGACCCCGCAUCAAGAAUAUGCGCUACAUUGCCAAUCUUGUCAAUGCUGACAAACUGGCCGGCCGAACUCGCAAAUACAAAGUGAUCUUCAGCCCUCAGAAGUUUUAUGCCUGUGAGAUGGUGCUUGAGGAAGAGGGGAUCUAUGGAGAUGUGAGCUGUGACGAGUGGGCCUUCUCUUUGCUACCUCUGGACGUGGAUCUGCUGAGCAUGGAACUGCCAGAAUUUUUCCGGGACUACUUCCUGGAAGGAGAUCAGCGUUGGAUCAACACUGUGGCUCAGGCCUUGCACCUUCUCAGCACUCUCUAUGGACCCUUUCCUAACUGCUACGGCAUUGGCAGGUGUGCCAAGAUGUCACAUGAAUUGUGGAGGAAACUGGAGGAGGAGGAGGAUGGCGAAGCCAAGGGCCGAAGGCCAGAAAUUGGACACAUCUUUCUCCUGGACAGAGACAUGGACUUUGUGACGGCACUUUGCUCCCAGGUGGUUUACGAGGGCCUGGUGGACGACACCUUCCGCAUCAAGUGUGGGAGCGUCGACUUUGGCCCAGAAGUCACGUCCUCUGACAAGAGCCUGAAGGUGCUGCUCAAUGCUGAGGACAAGGUGUUUAAUGAGAUUCGUAAUGAGCACUUCUCCAAUGUCUUUGGCUUUUUGAGCCAGAAAGCCCGGAACUUGCAGACCCAGUAUGACCGCCGGCGAGGCAUGGACAUCAAGCAGAUGAAGAACUUCGUUUCCCAGGAGCUCAAGGGCCUGAAGCAGGAGCACCGCCUGCUGAGCCUGCAUAUUGGGGCCUGUGAAUCCAUCAUGAAGAAGAAAACCAAGCAGGACUUCCAGGAGCUCAUCAAGACUGAGCAUGCACUGCUGGAGGGCUUCAACAUCCGGGAAAGCACCAGCUACAUUGAAGAGCACAUAGACCGGCAGGUGUCACCUAUAGAAAGCCUUCGCCUCAUGUGCCUUUUGUCCAUCACCGAGAAUGGUUUGAUCCCCAAGGAUUACCGAUCCCUGAAAACACAGUAUCUACAGAGCUACGGCCCUGAGCACCUGCUGACCUUCUCUAAUCUGCGGCGAGCGGGGCUCCUAACAGAGCAGGCUCCUGGGGACACCCUCACGGCUGUGGAGAGUAAAGUGAGCAAGCUGGUGACGGACAAGGCUGCAGGAAAGAUCACUGAUGCCUUCAGCUCUCUGGCCAAGAGGAGCAAUUUCCGUGCCAUCAGCAAGAAGCUGAAUUUGAUCCCACGUGUGGAUGGCGAGUAUGACCUGAAAGUGCCCCGCGACAUGGCGUACGUCUUCAGUGGAGCUUACGUGCCCCUCAGCUGCCGCGUCAUCGAGCAGGUGCUGGAGCGACGGAGCUGGCAGGGCCUGGACGAGGUGGUGCGGCUGCUCAACUGCAGUGAGCUGGCGUUCUCAGGCAUGACCAAGGAGGAAAAGGCCUCCAGCGAGUCACUGCGCCUCAUCUUGGUGGUGUUCCUGGGCGGUUGCACUUUCUCUGAGAUCUCAGCUCUGCGCUUCCUGGGCAGAGAGAAAGGGUACAGGUUCAUUUUUCUGACGACAGCAGUCACGAACAGCGCUCGCCUCUUGGAGGCCAUGAGUGAGGUGAAAGCCUGAAGUUUUCCCGGCCAGUGUUGAAGCCUCCACACGUUCCCCAAAAGGACGCAAGAGCGGGGCUCCCAGCUGCACAGUGUCCACCACCCACCCUGUGAAGCGCUGGGGAGCACGGAACUUGUUAGGGGUUUAGAGAGCACAUCCGGGGAGAGUUCGCUUCCUGCCCCCACAACAUUUCUCUUGUUUAUGAAGUACAGCCCAGGCUGGGAAGAUAACAGGGAGGAGGAGGAUCUUUUGCUAAAUCCUGUUUGAGUGUCAUUGUAAAUAAAGCCUCUACUCUCAAAUGUAA